GAAACGCUAAUAAAAAUGCCCAUUUCUAGCUAAAAACGUUGUUUAUAGAUGUUUACAUUAGCACUCUAUGGCUGCAAGAGAGGACAGGUUAGCCGUUAGCAAGCUAAUGUUAGCUAUGUGUUAGCAGGCUAAGACACUUAAUACUGCAUAGCUUUCUAAAUUAUCCACUAUAAACACGAGUUACAUAAAUUCAAAAUGCUUAACUCAUAGAAAUGUAGUUAACCUUCAACUGAUAUUGGAUUUAUGACAACAUGUGCUGCACAUGUAACGUUAGACAUACGAGUGUCAAUAGCCUAUCUAGCGGAUUGUCUGCGUAUGAAAACUUAGUUUUAUAGAAAUGAGGGAAAGUUAAAUAGAAAACAUUUUUUUAGAUUCUUCCAGAUUCCUUAACUGCCGUAAAAUUAGCUGGAAACAAGACAACAACUGUGAGAUGGGACCUAAGGAAACAGGUUUGGAUUGACCACUUCAUAUCAGGAUGAAAACUUCUUCUAGCAAGCCCAACUUCACUGUUUCCUUCUUGACUUCUAAUAAUACUGGCGGAGAGGAUCCAAGUGUUGUGAGCAAUGACUUCUCCACGGCCUUGGGCGCCCUCAUCCUCGGCUUGGUCUUCCUCCUGGGCGUCCCUGGCAACCUCUUCAUCGUCUGGAGCAUCCUGGCACGCAUCAGACGACGUUCUGUCACCACCCUCCUCAUCCUCAACCUGGCGUGUGCCGAUGGCUUCCUCAUGGCCCUCACCAUCUUCUUCAUCAUCUACCUAGGCAAGCAGACGUGGGUUUUUGGUAAUGUCAUGUGUAAAGGCGUGUUCUACCUGUGCAACACCAACAUGUACGCCUCCAUCUUUCUGAUCACGCUGAUGAGCGUCCACCGGCUGGUGGCCGUGGUGCUUCCCAGGCGAAUGUCCACUCUGGCCAGCAGGAAGAUUGUGAGGAGGGUGAUUGUAGGCAUGUGGUUGCUGGUGAUGGUCAUGUCGAUCCCCUCGAUGGUGUUUCGAGAAGUGAGAUUGGACGAUGCUGAAGCAAAUGCAACAAGACUGGUGUGUGCGCCCAAUCACACACUGCCUACACAUGAGAGGUUUCAGUAUGCCUUUGAGACGGUGGCCGGAUUCAUUCUUCCCUACGCAGUCAUUAUAACCUGCUACAUCCUCAUCCUGAGACGCCUGAGGCAGACCCAGUUCCGCAGAAAGGUCCGCAGUGAGAAACUCAUCCUGGCUAUUGUGGUGACGUUUGGCCUCUUCUGGCUGCCGUACCAUGUUAUCAACAUGAUGCAGGUGACAGCCCUGUGGUAUUCUGAGAAUUCACGCACAAGGAAAACGUUGGAUCACAUCACUAAAUCCAGUCGAGCGGUGACUUCUGCUUUGGCCUUCAUCAGCAGCUGUGCCAACCCUGUCCUCUACACCUUCGCUGGGAAGUCUUACAUCAGGCAGAACGGCUUCGCCUUCAUGGCUCGGCUCUUUGAGGGCACGUCGACGGACCACACGGGAACCACAAAGAGUAAAGACGCCGUGGGACUCAAUAUGGAAUCUACAAACGACUCAGGAACCCCUACUUUACGAAAUGGGAAAUGAACUUUGUGCAUAAAUGAGAUCUCCUGAAAGUGAAAAUCUGUAUAACCAAAAAAAGCACAAGCUAAAAGCUGACUGCCAGCUAUUUUAUUUUGUAAAUAGGUUGUGUUGAAAUACGUUUGACUCAAAGUCAAUGGUACAAGGCACAAGAAAGUGUAACUACCUGACCUGUGUAUCAGAACUGUAAAUACAUAUUUUUUUUAAAUUACAUUUUGUAGCAGUAACAGAACACCUAAAAUAAAAAAGGCUAAAAAAAUAAACAUACAGUACUGUAUCUACUUGGGGUGUGAUGACAUUUUGAGAACAAACUUCCAUUUCUUAAUGGUUGAAACUUUGCUUGAAGCUCCAGUUUAGCACUGAAAUAUACAAACUGAUGCAUACAUAAAUAUAUCUGUUUACAACUGUUUUAUAGGGCAGGGAUACAUUUAGACACGGGCCACUAUUGCGAAAUGACAGGAAGCCAGGGACCAGUUAGAAACCAAUAUUAGAUACUGUAUGCAUCAGUUGCAGUACAUUGGGGCUUAGCCCAGAUGUCUCAGGCAAGCUCCAUUUUGCUGCUUUUUUUUGUACAUUUCCCAGUGGAUUCAUUUUGCAUUGUGAAUUUAAAUAGUCAGCACCAUGUUAUAGGCCUAUUAAUAUUUAUAUACUGGAAAUCUAAGUGUUGCUUGUUCAUGUAUUAGAUCUCUACAUUUCUUUAGAGCUUAACUCUGCAUGUUCCAGGUUUGACCACUUUCAGGCCAAAUAAGACCCAAUUUAUUUUAUCAUACCAAGAUGCUGCAUAAUAAACACUGAACAUACUGGUUCGUGACAGAUCUCAUUAUGGAGAAUGCAAAAAAAAAAAAAAACUCCCGCAAUACUUAUUGUGGAGCAUGAAUCACUUUCCUCUUUGACUUGUCUGAAGCUAAACUCCACAUCCGGUUCAUCCAUCACAGUGACAUGUUUUUUUAAACUUCAUACACAAAGCGCAUCCAGUUCUUUUAGACAAGGCACUGUAAACUCUGUAAACUGUACAUACAAAUCUUAGUGGACAUUGGGUAAAUAGGUCUAUUUAUGGCUACAUGUCACUGCCUUGUCAGUUUUGAUCUCACUUGUGUGAUUAAUGAUACGAGGUACUCUCAUUGAAUUUGUUGGUGUUAUGCACUGAUUUACUGCUUUUAAGGCACUGUACCACAAAUCAUUGUUAAAUAAAGAAACCUUGAAAGAU